UGCUUUCAAAAUUUUCUGUAAGUAAUGGCUCCUUUUCUUAGCGCUGCUGUCAGUGGUAAGGGUGAUGAUCAUAAGCCUAACUACUCUUCUAAGGUAACAUGGCACGCUGUAUUUACUUGCGUUGUAGCUGCCAUGGGUGGUCUUAUUUUCGGAUACGACAUCGGAAUCUCCGGUGGUGUUACCACUAUGGUUCCCUUCCUCACUAAAUUCUUUCCCUCGGUUUAUCACAAGGAAGCAUUGGAUACUUCUACCAGUCAAUAUUGUAAGUUCAAUGACCAUAUGCUUACUUUGUUUACGUCUUCAUUGUACCUGGCUGCACUUUUUGCUUCCUUGGCCGCAUCAUGGGUCACACGAAAACUCGGUCGCAAAAUCUCAAUGAUGCUCGGUGGUUUGAUCUUUUUGGCCGGAGGAGCCAUCAAUGCCGCUGCUCAAGCUGUCUGGAUGCUUAUUCUCGGUCGUAUUCUGUUGGGUGUUGGUGUUGGCUUCUCUAUUCAGUCGGUGCCGCUAUAUGUCUCGGAGAUGGCUCCAUACAAAAGCCGUGGUCUGUUCACCAAUGUGUUUCAGUUAGCCAUAACAAUUGGUAUAUUUUUUGCUAAUUUGGUGAAUUACGUGACUCCCAAGCUAAUGACGAACGGCGAAGCAUGGCGGGUGUGUCUUGGGCUGGCAUGUGUUCCUGCUGCUUUCAUCUUCAUCUCUGCUAUUUUUCUUCCUAACACACCCAACUCUAUGUUAGAGAAAGGUCAGGAUAAAGAAGCUAAGGAAAUUCUCAAGCGUAUUCGCGGAGCUAAAAACGACGACGAAAUAGAAUGCGAAUAUCAAGAUUUGGUCGCUGCUUGUAAAGAAGCUAAAAAAGAAGAACAUUCAUAUAAAGAUCUUCUUAAGAGACAGUACAGACCACAUCUUGUAAUGGCUAUACUCAUCCCAUUCUUUCAGCAACUCACCGGCAUCAAUGUGGUGAUGUUCUAUGCCCCUGUGCUUUUCCAAAGUAUUGGACUAGGCAGUAACGCUUCUCUCCUUUCCGCAUUGGUUACUGGUGGAGUUAAUUUGGUGGCUACUUCAAUAGCUAUCUAUGGAACUGAUAAAUGGGGCCGAAGGUUUCUAUUUCUCGAGGGUGGAAUUCAGAUGCUCAUCUUUCAGGCUUUGCUAGCAGUACUGAUCGGCCUGAAAUUCGGAACGGCAGGGCAAGUGACGGAUUUACCAACAUGGUAUGUGUUCGUAGUGGUGAUCUGUAUCUGCAUCUUCGUAGCAGGAUUCGCAUGGUCAUGGGGGCCAUUGGGAUGGUUAGUGCCGAGUGAAAUUUUCCCAUUGGAAAUUCGAUCAACAGGGCAGAGCGUUGUGGUGGCGGUGAACAUGAUCUUCACAUUCUUGGUGGCUCAGCUGUUCCUGGCCAUGCUCUGCACCAUGAAGUUUGGGCUAUUCAUCUUCUUUGCCGUAUUCGUUCUUUUGAUGACCGUCUUCAUUUAUUUCUUCUUGCCGGAGACUAAGAACAUACCAAUUGAAGAAAUGUCUCAAGUGUGGAAGAACCAUUGGUAUUGGAGGAGAUUCAUGCUUCAAGAUGAGCCAUCAUCUAAUUUGAUGGUCUAGAUCAUAUAAUAUUUUUAAUGUUUAUUAUGUUUUUAGAUCUUUAUUUUUGUUUCCAUUCAGUUCAGUUUUACCGGUUGUAGUUUUUUUUUUUUUUGAGUCAGUUGAGAUUGCAGUUUUGCAAUUUCAGUCAAGAGUUGUAAUCAAGUUCA